AUGGAUAUUAGACAAGCUACUGUAGAUGAUUUGGAGGGGAUGCAACACUGUAAUUUAAUGAAUUUACCAGAAAAUUAUCAACUUAAAUAUUAUUUGUAUCAUAUUCUUACUUGGCCACAACUUUCAUUUGUGGGUGAAGAUCAUAAAGGUAGGAUUGUAGGAUAUAUUUUAGCUAAAAUGGAAGAAGAUCCAUCAGAUGAACCACAUGGACAUGUGACAUCAAUAUCAGUUUUAAGGACUUAUAGAAGAUUAGGAUUAGCCAAUAAAUUAAUGCAACAAUCUCAGAAAGCAAUGAGAGAUAUCUUUGGAGGAAAAUAUGUUUCAUUACAUGUUAGAAAAACGAAUCGAGCUGCAUUGAAUCUGUAUAAAGAUACCCUGGGUUUUACAGUAAAAGAAAUUGAAAAGGGAUAUUAUGCUGAUGGAGAAGACGCUUAUUCUAUGAGGAUGAUCUUAUAA